AUGUCAGACCGAGCUCCAAAUGCAAUUAUAACUGAUCAAGAUAGAGCUAUGCAAGCUGCAAUUCGGAGAGUAUUUCCAAGAGCUAAUCAUAGAUUUUGUUUAUGGCAUAUAAUGAGCAAAGUUCCGCAUAAGCUUGGAUCUUAUUCUCAAUAUGAAAACUUUAAGGGUGCUCUAUUAAAUUGCGUAUAUGACUCUUUGACUUGUGAUGAAUUUGAAACAAGAUGGCAACAAGUAGUUGAGAAAUAUAAUCUUCAAGAGAAUGCAUGGCUAUGUCAAUUAUAUGGAGAGCGGCAUCAAUGGGUACCGGCAUAUGUGAAAGGUAUAUUUUGGGCCGGAAUGUCCACUACACAACGAAGUGAGAGUAUGAAUGCCUUUUUUGAUGGUUAUGUGGGGCCAAAGACUCCGUUGAAGAAAUUUGUUGGGGAUUAUGACAAUGCUUUGAUGAGAAUGGUGGAGAACGAGCGUCUAGCUGAUUUUGGUUCGUACAAUAAAAUGUUUCCACUUAUAACUCUUCAUUCUAUUGAGCGUCAACUUCAAGCUAGUUACACAAAUGAAAAGUUCAAAGAAGUUCAAGAAGAGUUUAGGGGAUUCAUGAUGUGUUUGCCAUCCUUACUAAAAUGCGAAGGUGCGAUUUCUACAUAUGAAGUUAUUGAUCGUGUAAGAGUUAGUGGUGACUUCAUAAAAGAAGUAAAAUAUUGUGUUUACUUUAAUGACACUGAAUGUGAGGUACAAUGCACUUGUAGAUUGUUUGAAUUCAGAGGAAUCAUGUGCAGGCAUGCCCUUAUUGUUCUUACCUUGGUGAAAGAUGUGAAAGAGUUGCCAUCCAAAUAUAUUCUUGACCGAUGGAGGAAGGACUUGAAACGAAAAUAUACUUUUGUUAAAAGUAGUUAUGACGAUUUGAGUGGCAAUCCUAAAGCACAAAAAUAUGAUGAUUUAUGCAAUGAUUUUUCUGAAGUAGCAUUUCUCGCGUCAGAUUACAAUGAAACCUAUAUGACAAUGAAGGCUUGUAUACGUAAGUUAAAGGAGGAAUUGCUUUGUAAUGGGUUAAGAAGUGAAAGCAGUUUGAGUAGUGCACCUUCUCUUCACAUUCCGGGUGCAUAUUCGAUUUGUAAUGAAGCAACUGAUGGGAGGUAUCAGAAAUGUAACAAGUUGCGGAGUCCUUUAGUUGCAAAAAGUAAAGGAAAGCCCUCGUCAACACGAAAGCAAUCCAUUGUAGAAAAAGUUGUUAGAAAGUUAAAAUUAACGAAGGUGAAGAAAUGA